AUGAUGAAACAAACCUCAAGUGGUAGUUCAACCAUUUAUCAUCACGCACAGAAUAUUCCGAAAGAAACACCAUUGUCAUUGAAACAAUUGAAAAACUAUUUCGUACUCAAGCAAUUUAAACAUUGUAUUUCCUUUAUCCAACAACAUUUCGGAAGUGAUUGGCAAAGUAUUUCUGGCAAUUCAUCAUUUUCUUUAUCUCAAAAACAGAAUAUUUUCUCAAUACUUAUUCAGUGUUAUUAUGAAACAAAAGAAUAUUCAGCAAUUCAUCGGCUAUUUGAAAAAUCAAGAAAUAACAUUCCUUCCCAAUGUCUCAAAUUAUAUAUUGAAUUUUGUUUAAAAUUGAAAUUAUUUGAAAAGGCCAACGAGAUGAUCUUUGAUGAUAAUCAACUCUCGGAACAAGAAAGAAGAAAUUUGGAAAAUCAGUUACAUAAAGAGAGAUUGGAACAAGAAGCACUCAUGGAAACAGCUAAACAAACAAAGGCCUAUUCAUCAUUACUUUCAUCCAUGUACAUCACAAAACCUUCACAUGAGGAGUAUGAAACGAGCACAUUCGCUUCUCAAAAUAAGUUUGAACAUUCUGAAUCAUCGUACAGUCAUGGCUCCAAUAAUUUCCAAAUAGCUCACCAGGAGCACAAAGUAGAGCAACACAAACCUUCCAACAGGAUAUCCUCUCUAGCCUCCCUUACAAGAUAUAUUUUAGACUUUAUUAGCAAUUACAAGGUUGAAUUGGCUUUGCAUGUUGUUUCGUUCGUUGUGCUUUAUGUUUUACUGAAAUAA